GACCUGGAUGCUUUUGCCAGUCUGAUGAUAAAUGAUGAGACAGGCAACCAUGGAUUUCAGCACCCCAUCUGUGUUGGAUCAGCAAAGAGGUGACUCAUCUGAGGAAGUCGACCUGACCGUGGUUUAUCAGGCAGCGUCUAAUGGAGAUGUCAAUGCUCUGACUGCAGUGAUUCGGGAAGACCCUUCCAUCCUAGAGUGCUGUGACAGUGAAGGAUGUACGCCCUUGAUGCAUGCGGUUUCUGGACGGCAAGUGGACACAGUGAAGCUGCUGCUGAAGAUGGGAGCCAACAUCAACACGCAGGACGCUUACGGCCGCACGAGUUUAUGCCUGGCCACCUACCUGGGUUGGCUCGAAGGCUGUGUGAGUCUACUCAGAAAUGGUGCCAAGCACAAUAUCCCAGAUAAAAAUGGCCGUCUGCCACUGCAUGCUGCCACUCCCGAGCCCGACGUGAGGCUCCUGACAGUCCUAUUGCAACAGUCGAGCCUCAGUGAGGUCAAUCACCAGGACAGUGAGGGAAUGACACCACUCCACUGGGCAGCUUUCCACAACCAGCCGCAACACGCCCAAGUGCUGUUGAAGAAGGGAGCAGACCCCACCCUUGUGGAUAAAGACUUUAAAACGGCUCUCCACUGGGCAGUCCAGAGUGGGAAUAGAAUUCUGUGUUCCGUCAUUCUGAGCCAUCACCAGGGGCCGUCCAUAAUCAACUAUGACGACGAGAGUGGGAAGACAUGUGUGCACAUCGCAGCAGCAGCAGGUUUCAGCGACAUUAUUAACGAACUGGCAAGAGUUCCCGAGUGUAACCUACAGGCUCUGGACGUGAAUGACAGGACCCCUCUGCACUGGGCUGCAGCUGCAGGGAAGGAAGAAUGUGUCCAGUCACUGCUGGAGUUGGGCAUGGACAGCAACCUGCGGGACAUCAACGAGAGCACGCCACUGGCCUACGCCCUGUAUUGCGGCCACAUGGCGUGUGUCAAACUCCUCUCCCAAGAGAGCAGAGCACAGCCUGCUCGACCCCUUCCUUCCCAGAACAGUAGACCCCAGAAGAAGGAGAGACGGUUCAAUGUGCUCAACCAAAUCUUCUGCAAAAACAAGAAAAAAGAGCAAAGAGCCCAUCAGAAGGAUCACAGCUGGGACCGACACAGGGAGGACGACAGCUCGGAAGUUGAUGACAUCAUCACCACCUUUGACAGCAUCGUGGGUACCAACUGCCAAGAACAGCCUGGUGAUCAGGUGGCUAUGGUUGAAUUUAAAAAGAGGACCUCAGAGAAUUCAAAAUGUCUCUUGCCAGAAAAGAAACCUCUGGCCCGUAAGGGGCUUCCACCAAUCAGAACGCAGAGUCUCCCACCCAUCACCCUGGGCAAUAAUUUCCUGACAGCCUCCCAUGGGGCCACUUCCCACACCGGCCUGAGCUCUGGUCCUCACCAUACCACACAGCAAUCUCAGAAAAGCCGAAGUGAGCAGGAUUUAUUAAAUAACAGAACUGGCUGCCAAAUGUUGCUAGAGAACCCCUGGAGGAGUGAUCCUAAUCAGGUGUUCUCCUACAAAUCUUGGACUGUGUCUUCUGAUAAGCUACUAGACAGGUUGCUCACUGGCCGGCCUGGUCACCAGGACGUCUUGGUACCACCAUACCUUCCUCAUCUACAUAAUCCAUCAUCAGGACAAAAUUUUCAUCAUCUCUCCCCAAACAGACCCAAAAUCAGGGAUAUUCCUUUCACUCGGAACAACCUAGCUCCCCUACCAGACCAAAAAUUUCUCUCUGGAGAACCUCUGCGGACAAACAGAGUGCUUCCUGCUAUUCCAAGCCAGCGGGGACACAGCACACCGGCUGACGAGAGCGAGCACUCCGGCAGCCCCGCCAGUGGGGAAAAUUGACUGUGGCCACUAACCGCAAGAAAUAUAGAUUCUCUAUAUUUUCAACUCUCAAAGGAUGAGAUGACUCUAGUUUGUAAGAACAAAGACUUUAAUAAGCU